GCGGCCGCUUAGUCCGAGCCACAUGCGUCGGCAUUCGAGCACAACUAUUCUCCUGCAAUCCUCUCCUCUCCAGCUGCACUCCGUGAAUUUCUCUUUCCAGGCCAGAGACUGUUACUGCAGGUGUGGUCACAGCAGGCAUGGUGCGAGAAGGAGUGUCCUCCUGGGCUGGGCUGCUGCGUGCGGGAAGGUAGGCAGCCAGAAGCUUCUCGAAUGGCAUGUACCACGUUCCCUGAGCACCGAGCAGCUCCCUUUGUCCAGAUCCGACUGAGACGGUACACUGUACAACGCGGCUCCUAAUCUGAAUUCAAAUGUCCCUUGCAUUCACUCCUGACCCCUAUGAUAUUCCUUUUACCAUGCCAGCGACGAUCUCGUGGAAGAACAGUCCGAAGCCUUAGUGGUGAGACUGUCUCACUUUGACUCCCUCCCACACCACCCCCACCUCCCUCUACGCUCUCUGGACGAACGCCACGCUCGCAAUGAGCAUCAACUCCGCGGCGAGGACGGACAUCGCGGUCGUCAUUGCGGAGAGCCUCCUCUACGGUAUGCUCGUCGUGCUUUACUUCUGGACGAUCCGGGUGCGGGCGCAGAUUCGCGCGCGCAGGGAGGCCGAAGAGCGGCGGACGGGGACGGGGACGGUGGGCGAACGCGACGCCGCGGGGUGGUGGCGGCCGUGGUUUUGUUUCGUGCGGGUGCCCAUACCCGUCCUCGUCCCCACGACAGCGCUGAUCUGCAUUGCUACUGCGCACUGGAUCAUCACGAUCUUUCAGGCGUUCUGCGCAUUGGACCGCGAGCUCGACAUGGACCCGGUUCAUAUCUUUUCGCGACAGCACACUGUGCUGCAGGAGAUCGGCAACUUGUUGGCGCCGCUGACGGUUAUCAUCGGGGACGGCGUUAUCCUCCACCGCUUGUGGGUCAUAUGGGACCAUGACCGACGCGUGGUGAUUCCUGGCGUCUCGUUAUGGCUCGGUCAACUCGUGAGCGGCGUGGCCGUAGAAUACAUCAUCUUCCGGAAUCUUCUCUCUCCAGAAGGCCUCAACAAUGCUGUCGAAUAUGGGCUGGUUCAAGGCUGGGUGACCGGCCAGUUCUCGAUAACAGCGGCACUCAACAUAUACUGCUCUUCUUUCAUCUCGUGGCGUGUGUGGAAAGUCUCAUCCAGACAUAGCGGAGAUCCAUUCCUGGACAUUCUCCAAGUUCUCGUCGAAAGCGCCGCACUGUACACAAUAUGGAUCAUGAUCUUCAUAGUGGCAUACUACACGAAUCAGGCGCUCGCCUUCGUCAGCGAGACGCUCACCGUCGUCGUCGUAGCCCUGACGAACGUUCUGAUCUUCCUCCGCCUCGGACUGGUCUCGGGCUCGGACACGAGCGAGGAGCUGGUCAUCACCGCGUGCGACUCGAUACUCGAGGCGGAGAGACAAGUCGAGACAAUCGAGGUGCACCCGAGUUUGAUGAACCCGACGCUGUCGUUCUCUGAUUCCCACGACUCGGAUCAGUGGGAAGCGGAAGGUUUGGGGAAAGACGUGGACUCAAGGCGAGAGGAUGAUAGAUCAGGUCUACAAUUCGCCGAAUACUCGCCUCGGACUGUACAAUAGCCUUUUUAUGCGAUCACAUCUGGAUCACGAAUUCCUGUAGAACUCGUCAUCCAACCGCCGAAUAUUCAACGGCGAAACCCCGUUCAAAGGCAUUCCAACACCGAUGAAAUGAAACAUCCUAGAUCCCCAAUAUUAUCGGU